GCCUAUUUAGGGCCCGGGCGGCCGGCACGGCUGGGCCGCGCACAUGGCGGGCCUAGGCGACGACGGCGGCCUGGACGGCUACAUGUUCCCGACCUACGGCCCGUACGCGUUCCCGUGCGCGCCGGGGCCCAAGGGCAAGGGCGGUGGCGGCGGCUGGCGGCCCCGGGGCGCGGCGGGGGCGAGCUCCGGCCUGCCGGCCUUCGGGCAGCCGCCGGCGGCCGACUACCUGGACAGCUACCAGCGCGCGCAGCUCAUGGCCGUGCUGGCGCAGGUGAGCCCGGGCCUGGUUCCGCGGCUGCGCAGGGCCCCGAGCCGCGACGUGGCCGUGCAGGUGAACCCGCGCCGGGACGCGGCCGUGCAGUGCUCCCUGGGGCGCCGCCCGCUGCUGCGCCGGGCCCGGGAGCUGCCCGAGGCCGCCUUCCCGCGCACCGCCGCCGUGUACUCGCCCGUGGCCUCGCGCCGCCUCGCGGCCCUCGUGGAAGAGCCCGAGGGCGGUGAGGCCCCGGAGGGCGGCGGCGGCGGCGGCCGGGGGAGCGCCGCCGAGGAGCCGGCCCAGGCCGACGGCGCCCAGGCCGCGGAACGCGCCGACGAGCCCGAGGAGCUGGAGCCGGAACGGGAGCACGAGCAGGAGCGGGCCGCGGCCGGGAAGGCGGAGGCGGCCGGGGAGACGGCAGCCGCGGGGUCGCAGAGCCCCGAGCAGACCAAGACGAGGCUGCGCUUCCAGUUCUUAGAGCAGAAGUACGGCUAUUACCACUGCAAAGACUGCAACAUCCGGUGGGAGAGCGCCUACGUGUGGUGUGUGCAGGGCACCAACAAGGUCUACUUCAAGCAGUUCUGCAGAACCUGUGAGAAGUCUUACAACCCGUACCGCGUGGAAGAUAUUGCCUGUCAGAGUUGUAAACAGACAAGAUGUUCCUGCGCAGUGAAGCUUCGCCAUGUGGAUCCCAAAAGACCCCAUCGGCAGGAUUUGUGCGGGAGGUGCAAAGGCAAACGUCUCUCCUGUGACAGCACCUUCAGCUUUAAAUACAUCAUUUAAGUGAAUGUCAAGAGUCCAGAUGUAAUUUCUGCAGACAAAUGAGUUUCUUUUGCUUGCCACCUUCCCUUCCCUCAUUUAAAAGACUGAUGAGAAAAGUAAGAAUAUUUAAAUGAACCUUUAAAUAAAGGUAUAUUGCAAAACAAAUCUAUACAUUA